GACCGACCAACAAACACAAACGCGGCGAUCGCUUUUUUUCACUGACAACAAGGGACGACUGAUCUGGGAUCUUGAUUUGUUUGUCAGCGGAGAAGAAGAAGAAGGAAGAAGGAAAGAAACAGACGAAAGAAACAAACCAACAGACACCAAGAAGAAGUGAAGCAGCCAGCUUCACUUUGUGUUUUGCUUGCUUGCUUGCUCGCUUGGGAUUGUGCAUCAUCAGCAUGGAGCCGCAAGAGCAGCAGCAAGAGCAGCAACCCACCGCUGGCGCUGCGCCCUCCCUCCAGGAAACCAUUGAUCUCCUCACGGCGGAGCUCAACCAGUGGAAGGAGAAGGCAGGGGCUCUGGAAGACCAAUGCGCCACCCUGCAGGCCAAAGUGACGCAGCUCCAGUUUGAGUCCGACAACGAGGAUGAUGACGACGAUGAGGCUGAACAGCAGCAGAAGAUGGAGCAAGCCGCGACGCUUGCCCAGAUGUGCCCCGACGUCGUCAUGGACACCAAGACGCGCUUCUUUGACUUUCGCUACUCCGUGCUGCCAAAGAACCUCACCAGUGUUGGCGACAGCAACGUGCGUCUGGACACCAGCUCCAAAGGCGCAUCUUGUGUCACCAUCCCGCCAAAGACGUACUUGAAGGUUGACACUGGCUACGCAGACGACGAGGAGGCGCGCAUCAGCCAGUACACCAUCGUCCUCGACAUCAAGGUUGACCUGAGCAAGAUGGAUCAGCCCGUGGCGCUGUAUCAGGCGUGCUACCCGGACCAGAAGGAGCACAAGACGGUGCAGGCGUACCUGUUGCCGACAGGACAAGUUGUAACCAAGCUGCCAAAGGAGAAGAAGAAGAAAGACAAGGAGAAGAAGGAAGGAAAUGAGGGCGACGAAGACGAUGAGGAUGAAGACGACGAGGACAAAGAGGAAGAGGAAGAGGAAGAGGAAGAUGCCGCGAACAAGCGGCGCAAGAAGAAGCAAGAGCCACCAGCUCUCGUCAGGAGCAACCGGUGGCAGCGCGUGACGCUGACGGUGCGUCCUGGCGCCGUGUCCGCUUUUGUGGAGGGCCGCAUCUCCAGCAAGGACACCGACGUGUACCGCAACAUCAAGCAGGCUUGGGCCAUGGACCCACGUGGCUUCCUCCUCUUUGCAGCGAACAAGCCCGAGCACAUGCCUGGUGGGGUGAGUCUUCGACUGGCGCAGGUCAUCUCGCAGGCGUGGGGCGACGAGGAGGUGAAGCAGAAGAACUCCAACCACAAGGCCGUCGACAUUCGCGGCAUGCGCAUGGCAGCAGACAUGCACAAGAUGAUGUCCAAGCUCGUGCUGGCGCCACUCAAGCUCACCCCAAAGCCGGUCCCCUUCUUCCGCGACACCAACCUCAUUGCCGAGUUUGGCGACCCCUUUGUCGAGAACACCGGCUAUGAGUGGGGCCAGGCGUAUUCCGCUGCGCGCGUGUACUUGCUGACGCUCAAGCGCAUGCGCAGCGAAGAAGUGAACGUGCUGUCUCAUCUUGGCUUUGGGCAGUCGCACUUUGACUGCUUGCAGCGGCUGCAAGCCUCCAUCGAGGCCUCCCUUCCCCUCUACAAGAAGAUGCACAUGCUGCAGAAGAACAACGACGCCUCUGGCGGGCUCGCGCGCUUCCUCAAGGCGCUCAGCAAACAGUUUUUGGCAAUGACACCCGGCGACUUUCUCCUCGUCCCUGCUGUUGUCGUUAACGAAACGGACGGCGACCCGUUUGGCCCGGCGUGGAAGGCGUAUGGCAAGCAGUGCGAGACCAUCAUCACCACGGCCCCAACCAUCUCCGUCACCAAGAGCCUCACCCUCGACUACUUUCGGGAUCUGCACAUUGGGGAUCACAACGAGAUUUGGUCGUUUGAGAAGGACAGCUACCGCAUGACGCCGGAGCAGUCCACCCUCAAGUUCACCCACCUCAUCGGCAGCCCGCUUGGCUGCACCAUCAACAUCCGCACCAUCACAGGGGAGGACCCAACGGUGACGCGCAUCUGGCCGGAAUACGUGCCGUACCGCGACAUCAACUACUGGUUCAAGUACUUUCUCUGCCCGCACAACGAGCUCAUGCCCAUGCGCCCGGGCAACUACACCACCCCGCGCGGGCGCCUCAACUGGCGAUACGAGGCGUCCGAGAACGCGCUCAUCGUCGGCGCGCACGGUGUGCAGGACUUUAUGGAGAAUGUGCGCUACUCUGGCGGGCUUCGCGGCAGCAACCACCGCUGGCCCUCAAGCGCCAACCCGAUGUCGUUUACAAAACCCCACGACGCGCGCACGGAGGACGACGUGCUGCACGUGCAGACCAUGCCGGACUUUGACGGCCAGCUUGGCCAGCGCGACUCGGAGCUGCUCAUCUCUUUCCUCACGGUGCCGUACAUCCGCAUCCCGCUCGUGCUGAACUUCUUCGCCACGGAGGACCGCAUCCACACGCUGCAGCACCAGCAGCUCGUCGACCUUCUCAACUCGGUCGUCUUUGAACCGGGCAGAUACAUCCCAUCAGCCGUGUCGGAUGAGCUGCGCAUGCCCACGGAGGUGCCGACGCUGAUUGCAGACCAGCUUGCCUCGCCAUACUCGGCCAUCAUCAACGAGGUGGUACACUCCCCGGCGCAGCUGCGCGACGUUGCGGUGAAGCUGCUCAAGCUCGCCCUCAGCCUGGACACCGGGUCCGCCUUUGCCACCACGCAGCCCGUGGCCACCGCCGUUGUGCUGCUCGUGGCGCGCAUCGAGACGGUGUUCUCCUUUGUCUACCACACGACGCUGCCCAUCCCCAAUCUGCAGGUGUCGCCGGAGAACCGUGCCACCAUUGGCGACGCGUGCCAGCAGCUGCAGGCGCUCCUGCGCGGAAACCCGGACAACCCCACCGCCAUGAGCGCGCGCCACAUGUUCCACAUGUGGGUGGAGGAAAUCGAGGGUAAGAUGCCCGGCCUGUCGGCGUUUGGGUCCACCAGCUCCUCUGCCGGCGGCGCCCCUUCGGCCGACGACCGCCAGCGCGCGAACCAGCUCACAAACUACACGGACCUCGCCUGCACCCUGCACGCGCACAUUCUCUGGCUCUACCGCGGCCUUCCUGCCGAGGGCAUGACCUUUGACAGCUGCGCCACCAUCCUGCGCAGCUUCAUCUACCUCAGCAUCAAGAAGACUUGGAACACCUCUGGCAAGCCGGCCAUCCCCGACACGGAAGUGUUUGAGAUCAUGCACACGCUGCGCAGCGGGCUAGUGUCCUUCCUCAACCGGUACCUCGGCGCUGGCGUGCCCUCCAGCGACCGCGCCCGCUUUGCUGCCACGCUGCAGCAGGCGUACGAGCACUGCAUCGGCGCCUCCGGCACCGCCAGCGAGCUGGACCAGGUGUGGUGCGCUGUGGAGGGCGAGGUGAACCGAGGCCGGUACGUCACCUCGCGCCACCCGACCAUUCGCGACGUGGCCCAGACGCGCGUGCCCACGGUGAAGGAGGGCGUGUACGCGGUGGAGAUUGACCUGCAGACGCUGGAGCUGCGCAUGCGCGGCACGUCGCUGCGCGCGCUCGACUCUGAAAUUGCCAACAACGGCGACAUCCAGUUUCUCUUUGGGGAGCAGGCCCGCAUGAUCCAGUGCACGGUGGAGGGCACGUACGAGAACAAGCGCAGCCGCUUCCUCGUCGGCCUCGGCUACCAGCUCGACUUCUGGACAGACGACUCCAAGCUCAAGCCCAUGUACGAGACGUACGACCGCGAGUACGACCCGGGCGAGCUGUUCCAGAGCGAGGAGUGGAUUGCGGAGGUGUUUGAGCCCGUGCGCCGCGCCUGGUUCUGCCGGCCCGCGGCCCGCGAGGACGUGCCCUUCUUCCUGCCGGAAGAGGAGUUCCCGCACGACACCUCCGUGGCCCUGCUGGUGGGCUCCCACCCGCAGUUUGGCCGCGACUGGUUUGAGGUGCUCGUGUUCAAGGCAUACCGCAUGUGCCACGCCUACCUGGUGACCAGCCACGGCCGCAGGUACUACCGCACCCUCGUCUACGCCACAGACGCGCGCAUGUCGCUGCGGGACAUGCAGCCGUCCACGGAGGACCGCAAGCAGCCCUGGCCCAUUGUCAACACGCCCCGCGGCGCCUGGCAGUGGGGGCGACACGAGGCGUUUGACAAGUCCUUCCCAGACUACGUCGCCAACCUGUACCCGCCACCGCACCCGGCCUCCUGCGUCGUGCAGCGGCCCCUGGCAGACCCGACCCUCUCAGACUCUGAGGAGCACGCGGCGGAGGUGAAGCUGGUGGACACGCUAAUGGCCCCGCUCUCCACGGCGCUGCGCGACCUGCUGGAGGUGUUCAGCGAGGUGGAGACGUCCACCCGCCGCACGUACGCCGUGCCGGAGCAGCUGCUGGGGGGCGCCGCUGCCGCCUACGCGGAGCUGGACAAGCUCCUGUCCACCACGGAGAAGCACGAGUACUUCCGCGAGCUCGAUGACGAGGACGAGGACGACACGUCGCUGCGCGGGAUGCGCGCAGGUCCCGCCCAGCGCAGCGCUCUCGUGCAGCUGCAGAGCGUGCAGCGCGCUGCGCGCGAGAUUAUCAAGACAGUGCAGGCCGUGCACAAGACGAUGCGGGAGAAGGAGGAGGCCGCCAGCGCCGCGGAGGCCGGUGAUGUGGUCGACGACCUCGGCGACGACGACCUGGGCAUGGAGCAGGAGGAAGAGGAGGACGAGGAUGAGGACGAGGACGCAUAUGCCAUCUACAAGGAGCCGUGGGACGACCUGCGGCCGCACGACCACUACUUCUACGAGAAGAACGAGUGGUACCUCACGCGCCGCAUCGAAGAGCACGGCAUGGAGUGCAGCGAGUGCGAGGAGGCCAUCCCGGCCAAGUCCGUCUGCUACUACGACAUGACCGAGGGCUGCGCGCUGUGCUCGCAGUGCGUGGGCAAGGAGCCGCCCUACUACGUGGUGAUGGACCACGCCAAGGAGCUGCGCAAGCACGCCUACGACGCGCAGCGGCUGUGCGAGGCGGACGUGGCCAAGCAGGAGACGUACAUCCCGCCGCGGCUGCUCUACGGCAUGAUCCCCUCCGCGCUGCUGGAGAAGUAUGACUUCUGGCAGGACCCGGACGACCGCCUGCGCGGGUACCCGCGCAACACCGCGCCAACACAGGCCACCAACCUCAUCUACGUCACCUUCUCCAAGCUCACGCGGCAGCCGGAGCUCGGCCUGCCGGGCGUCAGCGCCACCAUCACCAAGCGCUGCAUUGUCCCAGAGACGGAACAGCAACAUGAUGACAACGGGGAAGAAGAAGGAAAGGAAGAAGAAGUCGGAGACAGUGGACAAGGCGCCACUGCUGCUGCCACCACGACAACGCAGACGACAAAGGCGAAGAAGAACAAGGCGGUUGCGACCGCGUCUGCUGAGGAAGAAGACCUGAUUUACUUCAACCCGCUGUUUGCACCGAGCGAUGGCCCCGUUGGCUCGCUCAUCCGCAUCCUGUCCCGCGUGGAGAACCUGUCGCACGUGCUGUUCUGGGGCCGCGCCUCCAAGCCUGGCCUGGACCUGUACCGCAUUGAGCUGCCGCGCCUGGGGCUGACGUUCCAGGAGCGCGUGGGCGGGGACGGCGUGCGCCGCAUGUACUCGCUAGACCACGCCUCGCUCUUCCUGCCCAUGGUGGCGCCGGGCGGGCACGUGCAGCAGCUGCUGCGCGGCAUCCCGCACUCCAUCUGCCUGGUGACGGAGAAUGGCGAGAUGAGCGUGCUGGUGCCCAAUGUGCGCGUGGUUCGCCCCGUCAUUGCCGCUGCCCCCUUCUCCACAGAGCUCGUUCUUGACCGCCUGACGGAGGACGGCGAGAAGUGGGCGGAGAACGCCAACGUGGCCUACUUCAUGUACCCGCUGCACGUGUCCUCGUGCUUUUUGGAGUGCACCAGCCUCACCUCUGCGCUGUACCUGCUGCUGCUGCGCUUCUUCCACCGCGACCACGAUGACGUGGCCCAGCUGUCCUUUGCCAUCGCCACGGACGCCGCCCUCUCCGUGGAGCAGGCGCAGAUCUUCGACCUGCUGGAGCUUGCAAGCAACGACUUCCACCCAGACGCGCACGCCAACCGCGUGAAGAUUGCGCUGGCCACUGCGGACAGCCCGAUUGUGUGCCCAUUCAACGUGGCCCUGGAGGCCGGGCGCUACCUGACCAAGCUGUACCACGUGUCCGCGCGCUGCCGCCUGUCCACGCAGGAGGAGCUCACGGCGCUGGACAUGUGCGAGGUGAUUGAGAAGAAGCUGAGCAUCGCAAACUCCGUGGCGGAGACCUUUGACGAGAGCGCCCUCAGCAAGAUCCUGCGCUUCCUCACCAGCGAGAAGGAGGCCGAGUUUGCCUCUGCGCAGGAGAUGCGCGACGCGGACCGCUGCGUGAAGCUCAUGGUUGACCAGGUGCGCGGGCAGAUGGGCGUGGCCAUCCAGAAGGAGGAGGCGGUUCGUCUGCUGCAGUCCGCAGCGGAGGGCGACGGCCUCCCUGCCGUCAUGGCUGCCGUGUACAAGAACCGCAAGAGCUUCCUGGAGGCGCGCAGGAACAACCAUGCCGAGGUGGCCUGCACCGUGCCGGAGCCUGUUGCUGUCGGGGAGUGGGUCUCGCACUCGGACAAGGUCGUGCUCACCGUGACGCGGCAGACGUGGAAGGAUGUCAGCGUGCAGUACAACUCGCAGCCCUCCAUGUCCAGCAUUGCCUGCGUGGAGAAGGCCCUGGAGUUUUUCAGCCGUCACGAGUCCUUCUCCGGCUCCCGCUGCCGCUCCGGCUUCCUCUUCCUCUUUGAGGCGCUGACAGGAACGCUGAAGGUGAAGCUGCGCGGCUCCAAGCCGCACCUGUUUGUGCAAAACGUGAUGCGCUUGAUGGAGGACCAUGUUACGGGCGGUCUUCUGGGUUCCAUCAUCCACGUCCUCGCAAACAACCCAGACCUCUGCUCAGAGGCCAGCAUCAGGUGGAAAGAUACACGCAACAUCAAGUCCACGUACAUUCGUGCGCGUGGGUCUUUCCUCGAACCAGCCAACCCGCUUAGCGACCUCUUCCACAACGUCACCACCCUCAUCAAGGCCAAGGAAGAAGCCAACGAGCUCCAUUGGCCCGCGCCACUCAAGUCGUUCCGCAAACUGCCCAAGGUGCCGACAAAGCUGGCGCUCUCCUCCAUCCUGGCCACGCUGCCAUCGUUCGUGCACACGCAAGGAGGGCUUGACACCGCGUCAGGUGCUUCAGGAACGGACGCAACCGCCACGCUCAAGGCGUGCAUGGACACGGAUUCGCCACCCACAUACGUGGUCGCAGACUACAUGCGCAGCAAGCUCAACGUGCUGCAGGCGCCAACAGCCAUUGGCGGCACAGGCGCACCGAGCGGCGGCACCGCUGCCACCGCCCGCGUGCAGCAGAUUCUGGCGAGCGAGACGCCAGAGGCGCUUCAGGCCCUGUGCGAGGACCUCCUCGCACCCGCAGACGCCGACGCGUUCAUCUCGCGCGUGUCUCGCGACAGCGUCAAGGGCUGCCUGCCGUUUGACGCCACGCAGCACCCGCACGCCGCAGCCAGCAUCUCCAAGACCACGCUCACGCGCCUGGAGCACCACAUGCAGGCGUUUGCGGAAGCCUACAACAACAGCACCGUGCCCUACAUCACCUGCGUGAAGAAUCUGAUUGCAGCGCUCGGCCCGGACGCCACCAAGGCGCCGUCAAGCGCCACCGGCAUCACGGCCGCCGCGGACGAGGCGAAGAACACGCUGGAUGGCCUCUUGCUGGCGCUGCAGUCCCUUAAGAAACAGGACAACGAGUACAUUGACCGAGCCGUGGACGCCGUGACGGCGUUUGCAAACGAGGUUGCCGUGGGCGAUUUGGCCUCUGUGGCCCUGCCGGAGGUCAAGCAGACGAGCACAGACAAGGCCUCAGCUGACGACGACAACGACAACGACAGCAACGCCGAUGCAGACGCAAGUGCUGUCCCUGCUGGCCAUGACAAUGCCGAUGCACAGCAGCAACAGCAGGAGCAGCAAGGAGAGCAAAGCGCCGCGCCAACAGCGGCAACGGCAGCAACAGCGCCGGUGUCUGAGGACGAGCACCACCGGCUGCUGUACCUGCUGCUGGUGGCCGGUCGCCAGCGCGCACCGCUGUGGUUUGAGUACAUCAUCUCGCAGCUGCUCACCACCAAGGGCGUGGAGGACCUGCAGAAGCUCAACCCGUUUCUGUCGGACGGCGACUGCAUCGCCAUUGAACAGAUUACACUGCGCAUCCUGCUGCGCUCCACACGCGUUGGCCUGGUCAACCGCUGCUUGGAGCUGUGCCGUGACGUGAGCAAACUCUGCACGCGCCUUGUCAAGGCCGCCGCCACCGCUGUUGCCGCAUCGCCAGAUGUUGCUGGUGGUGCGACAGAUGCAGUGGCAGCGGUGUCGCGCCUGGAGAGCGUGCGCUCCGAGAUUGAGAUGAAGAGCAUCAACCUGGCCACGUUCCUGACCACCAAGCGCCAGUAUUCGGGCCUGCAGCCCACGGACGACGCAGGGGCGAUUGCUGGCGCCGGUGCCUCUGCUGCCGUCACAACCGUGGACCCGCGCCUGGCCGUGUUUGAGUUCAAGAGCAACAUUGUGCUGCGCGAGCGGCAGGUGCAGCUGGUGAACAAGUUUAUGCGGGCAAUUCAGGAGGAGCGCCGGGACGCCGUGGAACAGAUGCUCAUGGGCGCUGGCAAGACCACCGUGGUCACGCCCCUCAUGUGCCUCAUGCUCGCAGACACCACCCAGCUCGUCUCCCUCGUCGUCCCGUCUGCUCUCCUCGAGUUCUCCCGCAGCGUCCUUCGCUCCACCUUCUCAAGCAUCAUGUACAAGCGGGUGUACACACUCAACUUUGAGCGCGGCACGGCCAUCGACUCUGGCCUGCUGUCCAAGCUGCAGCACGCACGGUCGUCUGGCGCCAUUGUGGUGAGCACACCAUCGGCCGUCAAGUCCGUCAUGCUGAAACACCUGGAGAACAUCCUGGUGGUGAACGACCCCGGUGAGAAGGACCGGCAGGAGCUGCAGCGCGAGGUGCGCACCGCCCCGCGGCUGCUGGAGCUCUGGCGCGAGGGCGUGUGCCUCAUUGACGAGGUCGAUGUCGUCUUGCACCCGCUCAAGUCCGAGCUCAACUUUCCCAUUGGCCGCAAGGAGGACCUGGACUUUGCGCCCUUGCGCUGGCACCUGCCCAUGCACAUUGUGGACGCCGUGCUCGCCGUGUCGCAGGGGGUGUCGCCGCAGACCACGGGCCACAAGGCGCAGGCUGUGCUUGACAAGCUGCGGCGCGUGGUGCGUGAGGGCUACGAGCAGUGCUUUCUGCAGCGGCAGCCGCACCUCGUGCUCCUCAACUUGGGCUUCUACCACCGCAAGAUGAAACCCAUCCUGGCAGAGUGGGUGGGCCUGUGGCUGGCGCAGCAGGGCCUGGACAUGAUUGCGCACGGCGACGCGGUGCAGCAGUUUGUGGGUGGCGACAGGUACGGCCCCGCCGACCGCAUCAACGCCCUCCCGGAGAAGCGGUUCAUCAAGAUGGUAAACCUGGCACACGACUGGCUGGCCAGCUUCCUCCCGCACUGCCUGCAGAAGAUCAACCGCGUCUCGUUUGGCGUUAUGCUCCCCUCAGACAUCCAGAAGUUUGAGGACAUGUCCACGCGCAUGCCCCAGUCCCGCCGACUCCUGGCAGUGCCGUUUGUGGGCAAGGACGCACCCAGCACGGCGUCUGAGUUUGCGCACCCCGACGUGACCAUCGGCCUGACCAUCCUCGGCUACCGCUACCAGGGCCUGCGCACGUCAGACUUCAACGACAUCCUGCAGAACCUGCAGUCGCAGUUCACGCGGGAGAUGGGCCCCAAGGACCAGCGCUUCUCCUCCCUGCGCUACGCUGCCUGGAUCAAGGCGGCCGGUGGCCUCGUGUGCGGCUCGUACCAGGAGCUCAAGGACAACGACACGGCCGCAGAGGUGGUGCUGCCAAAGGCGGUCGCCGUGCGCGCCUCGCACCGCUACUGGAUCGACCAGGCCGGCGUUGUGCGCAGCUGCCCCGCCGUGUUCUUCUCCGAGGACGCCAUUCAGCCGGACGCUGGGUCCUCGCCGCCAGGCACCGUCGUGGUGACCAAGCUGCCCAACCUGCAGCGCAAGCCGGGCUUCCGCUACGCCGUGAACGAGGACGGCGACGUCGUUGCCAGCCGCGUCAAGGUGGUGCCGCUGCACUUGCUCCGGCGCUCCGACGACAUGCAGGUGAAGCCGCUGUAUGCGCUGCUGCGCGAGCAGCCCGCCGUCAUCCACGCCUACCUGGAGGAGACCAUCUUCCCCGAGCACAUGCGCCACAAGCGCUUCAAGCUCAGCGCCUCUGGGCAGGAGCUGGGCGGAAAGAUGCUGUUUGGGCGCACCAUUGGCUUCUCCGGCACGCCGUCGGACCUGCUGCCCGAGGACCUGGGCCGCUGCAACUUUGCGCAGGAGGAGGAAGGCGAGAUUGUGCACACGCUCACGCGCCCGGACGUGGUGUCCUGCUCCUUUGUCAAAGAGAAGCAGUGGUCGGUGCACCGCCUGCUGCAGGAGAUUGCGUCGUCCACGCAGCCCUACUUCAACGCGCUCAUUGACACGGGCGCGCUCAUCACAGGCAUGAGCAACGCGGAGGUGGCGCGCUUCCUGCUGGCCAACGGCCUCUCCCAGCGCGGCAUCGAGGGCGUCGUGUUCCUGGACGACCGCGACCGCAAGAUGGUGCUCAUCGCCGCCACCAACCGCGUCGUGCGCCUGUCCGAGUGCGGCAUCGACAAGGACAAGCGCUUUGCCUUUUAUGACCAGGUGCACACCACGGGCACGGACAUCAAGCACAUCCAGACGGCCACCGCCGCCCUCACCUUGGGCAAGGACAUGACGCUGCGCGACUACGCGCAGGGCGCCUACCGCAUGCGCGCCAUUGGCAAGGGCCAGAAGAUCAACGUGUUCAUCACGCCAGAGGUGCAGGAGCUGAUUGAGUCGCACAUGGCCAAGGGCGCGCUCGACCAGGCCACCGCCGCGGCGCUUCCCUGGCGCGUCAAGGUCAUCGGGUGGCUCGUGAUCAACGCGCUGUUCACCGAGAUGAUCCAGCACAACCUGCUGCAGCUGCAGAACGCCGCCAACGUGUGGCGCAAGUCCGCCUUCCGCGCGCUCAUGGACCACGAGAACAGGCUGUGCUCGCUCGAGGGCGUCGAGACUGCGGAGCCAGACCAGGCUGGCAAGAAGGGCGCAGAGGGCGACACGACAAGCGCAGAGGACAAGGACGAAAGCCAGCAGCAAGAGGACGGCAGCAAGGCCGUUGCCGCUUCCGAUGACGCAUCCAAGACGCAGGAGGAUGUGCAAGAGCAGGAGCAAGCUGCCGAUGCCGAUGCUGGUGCUGAUGCUGAUGCUGGUGCUGACAACGCUGGUGGCGAGACUGGCGGUGAGCCCGAGCACAGCGACUCCUCUGAGGAUGAGGAGGACGAAGAAGAGGAGGAGGAGCGAGAUGCCGAGCUGGACGAGACAAACCGAAAGCUCGUGUCGGCGCUCAACGUGUUCCGCGAGUUUAUGGACUUUAGCCUGCAGAACGCGGUGGUUCCGCCCGUGGACCUGCAUGAGCUUGUGGAGACGCAGAUGGAGGCGCGGCGGGAGUUUAUCACGUCCGCCACCGCAGAGACGCAGCUGACCAAGGUGCUGGAUCGUCUCAGCGCCCCGCUCCAGGAGAACAUCAUGCGCCAAAAGUCGUACGAGGCCCCACAGGUCAACCAGCUCGACCAAGAGCAGGAACAGGAGCAAGAGCAAGAACAGGAGCAGGAGCAAGAGAUUGAGAUUGAAAAGUUUGUGGACCUGGCGUACUCGCGUACCAACGAGGCGCCCGUGCCGUGGGAGCUGGAGGAGCUGCUGGAGUAUCCUCCCCGCGAAGAGGUGUUCUACCCCGCGUCCUCAUUCUCCCUCUGCCGUCGCCCGUCCCUGGACAUGCCAGACUUCCUGUACAUGUCCAACAACUACUUCAACAAGCACUGGACCGGCUGGCGCCGCAUCAAGAACGUCAACGUGAGCAUGGAGUGCAUCCCAGACGACAGCGACGCGCCGGACGCAGCGUGCACCCUGCCCAUGUCGCCGCAACUCAGGGCCAGCGCCGUCUCUGCGCUCAGCCAGAUGUGGCGGCUCUUUGACUCAUCGGCAGCCACAACCACCAUCCCCAUGCCAGCGCCAGAAACCACCACACCCCAACAAGCGCAGCAAGCGCAGCAAGGGCAAGGCGCCGUGUGCGACGCCGAGACGGGCGUGUGCACGACCACGACGCCCACAAGCACGACGACGACGGCCACGAGUGCCGCCACCGCCUCAAUCACUGGUGGUAGCGAUGCGCCUGCAGAAGCGGAGCAGACAGCGACCAUGGUGGUGGUGAGCGAUGACAGCAGCAUGCCUGCGUCGCAGCUGCGCGACCUCAUGUUUGCAUGCGUCAGCCCAUCCGCUCGCACAGCCGACAUCGAGGGCACAGUUGGCGAAGACAGUGACACCACCAGCAGCAGCAGCAGCAGCAGCAAGAGGAAGGGCAGUGGCGUGGCUGGCGAAGGCGCGGGCGCGGGCUCGAGCGACGACUAUGCGCUGCACGCGCUGAUUGAUGACAUGGUGGCCACGCUGACGGGCGGAAAGCCCGAGACGCCCGUGUCGUUCAAGCAGUUCCGCACGCUGCUGCUUGGCCCUGCCAUGCGCGCUGUGCACAACAAGCGCUACACGACCGUGCUCUCCCUGGCCGAGGCGGAGACGAUGCGGCGCAUCCUGCACUUGAAACAGCACGCGUCCAAGGGCGCCCUGCUGCCCGGCUCACACUGCAGCGUUGCGCUGCGACUGCCGCUCUCCGGCGACCUCAUCCUGGACCAGAGCGUGGGCCACAGCCCGCAGCCCACCUUCCAGCAGCAGGUCAUCUUGCAGACGCUCAAGUUUUUCGACUGCAGCAUGUACUACACGUCCACGCAGCUGCGCUCGCUGCUCUCCGCCAUCCAGAGCAACGGCCUGGUGGAGCGCCAGGUGUUCUUUGAGAACGUGUUGUCGUGCCGCCGCCGCGCGAACCAAAAGUGGCAGGACACCCCGCUGGCCAAGGCGCUCGGCGUACAGACGGAGUUUGACAUGAUGCUGUCCUCCGCAGCCACGCUGGUGGUUGGCUCCACGCUCGCCUCCAAGGGCCUGCUGGUGCAGGAGGCCUUUGAGCUGUUUGACCGCAACAAGGAUCACUACCUGGACGCGGACGAGGUGUACGGCAUGCUCACCUGGCUCGGCUUCCACCCGACCGUGGACGAGGUGCUCAACUUCAUCGAGGUCACCGACCAGGACGGUGACGGGCGCGUCAGCUACCACGAGUUUGUGCGCGGCGUGCAGCAGGUGCGCGAGCGCGUGGCCCUCUCCCCGGCGGCGCGCGUCGCCCUCUUCCGCGACCCGCAGACCAUCGAGGUGCCCACGGCGGUUGUGCAGGACCUGCAGCAGGCGGCUGCGGAGCGCAGGCGCAAGGCCACGCGGCACGCCGCGGAGCUGGAGAAGCGCAAGAAGCAGCAGCUCAACGCGCAGCCGAGCAUGGGCGCGGGCGAGGCGUCGGAGGCCCUGAUCAAGGGCGACGACAUGCUGGUGUACAGCUUGGAGUAUGGCAAGAUGCCACCGGGCAUGCAGUGCAUCAACGGCUCUGGCGACUUCAACAUCACCUCGGAAGGGCGCAGGCUGCGGCGCGGGGCCGGUGGUCGGCGCAAGCGGCGCCAGCAGACCAAGGGCGGCAAGGAGGCCGAGCCCCAGGCCAUCUACAACUUCACGCUGCCAAAGCAGGUGUUCCUGCGCAUGCCCGUGCCGCGCAGCAGCGGCUCCAAGCUGCGCGAGUACACCAUCACCCUGCAGCUGCGCCCACGCACGCGCCCCUCCUUUGCGGCUGGGCUCAUCUCCCUGCCGUUUGUCAAGGCCAACGGUGACAUUGGGUACCUGGGGGUCAUGCAGGACUCCAGUGGCCGCAUAGCGCUGCUGGAGGGCAAGGGGUCCAAGCUGCAGCCGCUGGACCCGCUGCCCAGGGCCAACCUCCACGUCGCACCAGCUGCCGACGCGCAGGAUGAUCGGACCAAAGUGAAGAAGAACAAGAAGGGGCACGAGGACGAGAAGGAAGAGCAGAAGACACAGGACAAGCAACAAGGUGCGCAGGCAGUUGCGAAGAAGGGAGAUGGCGAGGCCACCAAGGAGGGUGGCGGCGAAGGUGCGGAGAGCGCAGACGCGAGCGACGCUGCGGCCUCUGCGGCCUCUGCUGCUGCCGAACGCGAGGCGGCCGUGCUGCAGGACGUGUUCAAGCUGGCGCCAGACACGUUUGCUUCCUACUACCGCAAGAACGAGGGCAUCUCCGAGGCGCAGGCUGUGCUGGGCUACUUCCCCAUGUUUGCCGGCGACGAUGACGAGAAGGAGGAGACGCGCAACACCGAGUCUGUGCUGUACAACUGGAACAUGCACACCAUCACCAUCGCCGUGAGCGGCACCACGGGCCACGUCCUGGUGUACGUGGAUGGCCGCCCCAUUGGCGUGUCGCAGGUGGAGCCUGGCCGCCUCUCCCUGCGGCCCUACUUGACCCUCCGUGGCCGUCCAGCAAAGACCUCCGAGAAGCGCAUGGUGACGCUGAUGGGCCACGCGCUGGACGACAGCUUCUCUGCCGGCGGGGACGUGGUCAAGUGCCGCUUCGACACGCGCAUCCUGAGCGAGGACGAGGUGCGGCAGGAGCACGUGCAGGACGGGUGCUGGCGCUGCACGGAGUGCGCCACGUACAACCGCGUUGGCGCGUACCGCUGCAUGUUCUGCGACAGCUACCGCAAGCGCAGCGCAAAGCCGCCGCUCAACAACGCCGACCCAGACCACCCCGGCCUCACCAUUGUCGUUACAGACACGUUCAAGCAGCUGGUGCUGGACAAGACCAAGCACGUGUUCUUGGACGUGUACGCGGACUGGUGCGGUCCGUGCCGGCAGAUGGCGCCGGCGUGGGCGCAGCUGGCCAAGCUGUUGGCGCACCGCAGCGACGUUGUCAUUGCCAAGAUGGACUCGGACCUGAACGUGGUUGACCGCUCGCUCCUGCCCGAGCGCAGCAUUCCAAACCUCAAGCUGUUCCCCAUGUCGGACAAGCACAGCCCAAUACGGUACGAGGGCCCGCGCGACGUGCCGUCGUUCCUCGCCUUCUUGCAGAAGCACAUUGGCCUGGAUGUGGAGAACGUGCUUGAGACGUCGUACCAGGCGUACAAGGAGGAGCACAACGUGCAGCAGCUGCUGGACAGGAUUGCCGCUGCCAUGCGCACGUUCAACCCGCCACACUCGGUGCACUUUCUGCAAAUGUACUUCACGGACCCGGACGUGUACGACGCAGCGGUUGACGCGGACGCCGUGCGUGAGCGGCCCGUUGCCGGCCUGGACAUGGUGCUGGAGACGGUGGAGCGGUGCAUCAAGCAGCAGCAGUCUGGGGAUGACAUGCGCAUGCUGCACAACGUGUUUACGCUCACCGGCGGCCACCACCAGGACCACCAGGCGUCCGAGUUUGGGUUUGAGAAGCUGGACCUGACGGGCGUGGAGGCCAUGUCGCACCAGGCCGUGCAGGUGGCGUGGGGCCGCAUCGUGAAGGCGUUUGCUGUCGGUAAGCACCUUGACGAUGACGACGAAGAUGAAGAUGAAGAAGACGCAGAGGUGGAUGCGGACGAGGAUGUUGACGCGAGCGCGGUGGCGAAGAAGAAGAUGAAGAAGAACCAAGGCAAGAAGCAGGCAGUGCCGGCCACUGUCGGCGAUGCCAGUGCCGCUGUUGCGGAGGCGCUGGGCGGCUCUGCCAUGGUUGGGCAGCUGCAGCGCAAGGCGGACCGCGACGUGUGCAGCCUGUUCAGCAGCACGCAGGUGUACGAGAACGGCGACACGCUUGAGCUGACGCCACGGCAGCGGCUGGACAAGUUCAAGGCGCUGCCCAAGGUGACGCAGCACCGCCUGCGCCUGAUGGCUGAGCUUGUGCGACAGGGGUACCCCUUGGACGCGCAGCCGUACGGCAUGGGGGCGAUCCACCUGGCGUGCCUGGCCAACGACCUGGCGCUGGUGGACUUCCUGUUCACAAACGGGUGUAACCUACAGGCGCAGAGCCGCGCGCUGCGUGGCCUGGCCCCGCUGGCGGUUGCGGGCUACUUUGGGCACGAGGCCUUGGCUGUGUACCUGCUGAAGAUGCACGUGUGCAUCGACAAGGCGCUGUACAUGAGCGUGCUUGGCCGUCAGCCGCGCCUGCUGGACCUCAUGCUGCGCAUGCUUGGCGACGGGCCUCACGCGAACGUUCGCCUGGAGGGCGCCACCCUCCUGGAUGCUGCUCUUGCCACAGACCAGCCCGAGCUCGCCCAGCACAUCCGCUCCCUCGGAGGGCUGCGUGCUCGCGAUGUGCGCAAGCGCCUGCAGAAGAAGAAGGGCGAUGGUGAAGACGCUGGUGCACCCGCCACCGCCGCUGCCACAACACCAUCUGUUGCUGCAGCUCAAGAGGUGGCCGAGGAAGAGCAGACUGCCGCUGCUGCAAGCCUGGACGGUGCAGUGAUGACGCAGAUGGAGAUGCUGUAUGGCGAAAUGCGCUCCCUUGACGCCACCUACACCAAACUCAGGGAGCAGGGCGCCUCGAGCACGACCAAGGACGGCCUCGGCGUGUCGCUGCUGGACAUUGCGUGCCUGUACGACUCAACUGCUCUGCUUGAGCGCGUGGAGAACGAGGAGAACCUGGACGUGGCUGCUGCCAUCAGCGCACACCACCUACCGCUCAUGGUGGAGGCCAACGUCUCCAGCGCACACGCCGUGCUCGCCCACCUCAAGCAGGCCGGCAUCCUGGAAAGCGCUCGAGAUGAGCAGAGCAUGGAGUUUAUGCGAACGUACUUGAGCGACGCGUUGGCGUCCCAGCGCACGCUGCUGACGACGCCUGCGACGGGAGAUGUGCGUUCCUGGACCAUCUACCCGUCCAGCGCCUUCUCCGACACGGGCCGGUACGUGGGCAUGCCGCUGAUGGUGAGCAACAUCAUUCCUUGCUCCAGCCCAGGCGCCUCUGGCAUUCAGCUGCAGGACAUUAAGCCAAGCAGCACACUGCUCGAGUUUGUGCAAGACCUCUCCUCCGUUCAGCUCUCACUUCCCCAGCCAGAAGAGACACCGCCUGUGCUUGCGCGGUCUGUGAGCGGGGGUGCGGCGCUGCUGCGUCAGCUCUCCUCCUCGGACCCCUCCUCCUUCUUUGCCGACUGUCUGGAGAUGGACAUGACGAUUGCCAUGAACAACGUGCUGUUUGAUUCGUGGAAUCAGCUGUUGGAGGCCGCCCGCCUGCUGCGCGUCGCCGCGACCUGGCGCUCUGCCGUGCUCACCCCGAGCCAGGCCAUGGCCCUGUUCAUGAUCAACCACGACACGGGCCUCACCCGCCUGUGCCAGAAGGCGCUUCGGCUGUAUGCGCGUCGACAGGACGAAUUGUCCCGCGCCAUCGUGUCCGCCGUUUCUGUCAUGCUGCACGAGGUGCAGUCUGCACUCGACACGCUGCCGCCCAUGCGCGGGUCUGUCGUCUACCGCGUGUGUGCGGUCCCGGACAUCAAGCGCUUCUUCCGCAUUUACCGCGAGCAGCGUACCGUGUUCUGGCCCGGCUUCGAGUGGGCCACGGCCUCGCCUGCCGUCGUGUACCGCCUCGUGGGCAUCCUCCGCCAGCGGUUCCCGACAUACCACAUUGCUGUGUUGAAGAUUCACACCAGCAACGCCCGUGACGUCACCACUUUCGCCCCAUACGGCAACCAGCUCCACACGGCCAUGUUCCCGAUUGACACGAGCGUGGUGGUGACUGGCUACUACAAGUUUUCAAACUUUGCCCUUGAGGCCGGCACGUCGCACCUGCACCCGUCACUGCACAACAUUGAGGAGUUUGCAGGAAAGCCAAUGAAGAAGGGCGCGGUGAUUGACGCCAAGGAGCCAAAGACUUUUGUUGUCACCGUCAACGAACGCGCCAACUAAUGUCACGGCAUCCCCCACCUGGCUGGCGCCCCUGGUCCUUCAUCCAACCCAUUGAUACCCACGCCAUCCACCAUCAUCACCCAUCAAUCAUCCAUCAAAUGAGUUUACCCACCGAGCUUUUGUUGUUGCAUGCGCUGGACCUCCUGCUGUUCACUCUGUUUUGUGGUGGUGUUUGUUACUCGCCACCUGUGCUUUUUCCGCACCGCCUGUGUUUUUCUUUUCCACCGUUUCUUGCCUGCUUCUAUUCUGUGUCUUGCUUCCUUUGACUGUUGCUCGUCGCUUUUCCUUGUCUCUCUGUGUGUGUUGUGCACCCCCCCCCCGCAGCCAAACACCUCCCUCCAAUCCAUCAGCCUUCGUUCUGCCACCCAUACACACACCCACACAAGCGA